CUCUGCCGCGUCGGUCUUUUUGCAGACAGUUACUGAUUUCUUCGGUUUUCAUUUCACUGCUCAAAAUUUUUACGCGGAAGAUAAGUACAAAAAUACCACAGUCAGUUUGAAGCGUUAACCACGUAACAAAAGUUUUGAAAAUGGGCGACGAUUAUGAAUUUGAAAACGAAGGGUUGCCCAUCGACGGGGUGGGAAUACCGCCUCCUGUUUCGUCGGACUGCUCUGACUGCAUCAAGGUUUAUAAAGGCUGCAACGUGAACUAUCCCUACUAUUUGGCAUUAUCGGAUCUGGAGCGCCUUCAAACCUUUCCCAACGAUGUUGCUAUUUGCGGGUUUCCGAAGUCUGGUUCUGCGUGGCUAUCUGCAGUCGUGGCCAUGAUACAGGCGGAUGGGGAUCCAGCAACACUGCAGGAAGGUCCUCCUCUGGAGGAGAAAAUACCGUAUCUGGAGUUCUGCACACCGGCAAACUACGCCGGUCACCGCGUUGUAGACUCGUUGUCUGCAAUGCCUCCAGGGAGAACGUUCUUCACGCACCUGUCGUGCGAUGCGUUACCUCCUAGUAUUUUAAAGAAUAAAACCAAGGUCAUUUACCAUAUUCGCAAUCCGAAAGACGUUAUAGUCUCAACGUAUUUCCAUUUGAAAGCGAGGCGGCGAUCGAAAUUUGCUGGCGAUCUCGGCGUUAUGAUCGACGCGUUUAUCAAAGGAAAGAUCUGUUAUGGACCAUACUUUGACCACAUAGCGAGCUACUGGAAACAUCGCAACGAUUCUAACUUUUUUGUUCUCUCCUUUGAGGAGCUUAGUGAUGAUUUUACACUCACCGUUUCCAAACUUGCUCAUUUUCUCGGAAAGGAUUUAUCUGCAAAACAGUUGCAGACAAUAUCCUAUCAUUGCUCAUUUGAUCAAAUGAAAAACAACGACUUGACCAAUCGCAUUGCCAGUGACCGGGCGGGAAUUCUGGAUUUUCAAGUUUCUCCAUUCUUACGAGCAGGGAGCGUGGGAAACUGGAAACUACAUUUCUCGACUGAAAUGGACAAAAUGGUGUCGGCUUGGAUUGACAAGAAUAUGCAACGUGAAGACCUAAAAGAACUGCAGUUUACUUACACGUAGUUAAAAACUUAAACUUAGCCCGGGACAGUUGCCAAACUGGUUGAUUUAACGGACUUUGUUAUAACAAUUUUAUGAAAGAAUAAUUGUUUGGAAAUUGUGGGACGCCGAUGCAGCAGUUCUGCCUGCAAGGCUGACGCUAAUAAAUUUUAAACUUCGAAGCCGGUUAACGAAUUUGCUGUUAUACGCGGGUCUGUCUCCGGGGAAAUUAGAAAAAGCCCAAGAAAAUACUU